AUGCCGCACUCGGAUCACGGCGGCCAUCUGGCUAAACGCCAGAAGAGAGAUUCUCAAUUAAAGGCUGUGCACCCUAGCUCCAGCAAAAAGAAGGCCUCUGCCAUCUUUGCCCCCUUUCGAACUAUCGGUUUGGUGUCUCCCACCUCUGUCCCAUUCACCUCCGUCCCUCUCGGCAAGACUACUUUUCAGAUCACCACCUCUGUCGGUCGAGCUCUGCAGACCUACGAUCUCAAGCGCGGCUUGAACCUUGUCUUCGUUACUCGCCCCGAGACCCCGAGCGAUAUUACUGCCACUGUAGCAUGGAAGCAAAAGGUUCUCGCAGCAUGGGGUGAUUCGAGUCAAAGUGGCACCCAGGGCGUCUGGAUCUUCCAGCGAGGAAAGAAGGUCGACGAGCUCGAAAUUCCUGACGAUUUAGAUGAGCCGAUUAGACAGAUCCUCGUCUUCGGGUCGUGGAUAGUUGCCAGCGCUGUUACAAGGAUCGAGGUCUGGAAAUCGACGACACUUGAGCACUACACGACUAUCCGAACUGUUCCUGCUGCUGAGGGCGGAAACGAGGUGACGGGUGGUGUUACGAACAUGCCUACCUUCCUCAACAAGAUUUUCGUCGGCCGCAAGGAUGGGUGGGUUGAGAUAUGGAACGUUAGCACGGGAAAGCUAAUUUAUACUAUCGUGCCCCCCAUCAAGAACGCAGGCUCUGUUACAUGCCUACAGCCCUCGACGGCCCUGGCUCUCCUCGCUGUUGCCUACUCUAACGGCCCGCUCGUCGUACAUGAUGUUAUCCACGACCGGCCACUUAUCGAGCUCAACGCUGGCACCCCCACUACUCCUGUCUGCGCCAUUACCUUCCGAUCCGACGGUAUGGGCGCGGGACAGGAUGGACGAAAAGACGGUAUCAUGGCCACAGCCACGUCAGCCACUGGCGACAUCACCUUUUGGGACCUCAAUGGAGGUGGCAGGGUAUCUGGUAUUCUACGAAGUGCCCACAAUCCCCCAUCCCGUGCUGGAUCCGUCAUCGGCGGCGGUAUCAGUAAGAUUGAAUUCCUAUACGGCCAGCCUGUCAUCGUGUCUAGCGGCCUCGACAACUCUCUAAAGACCUGGAUCUUUGACAAGACGCCAUUCUCACCCAUUCCGAGAAUUCUUCACACGAGGAGCGGACAUGCUGCGCCGGUCAACUGCCUACAGUUCUUGCCUUCGGAUUUCGAUGGUGCCGAAGCCGGCAACAAGUGGCUUCUUAGCGGUGGAAGUGAUAGGAGCCUGUGGGGAUGGAGUAUGCGAAGGGAUGGCCAAAGCACCGAACUGAGCCAAGGAAAUAUUCGGAAGAAGGCCAAGAAAUACGGUAUCCUGUCUACAUCGGCCCUGGCGCACGGCUCUACGACGACGCUUGAAGAUAUCAAAGCUCCCGAAAUUACGUGCAUUGCAAGUUCGCUCAAUCGUGACGGCGGUAUUGGCGCUCUUCCCGGAAAGCAGGCGAUAUGGACGCGAGCUUCGAGGAAGGAGCGGGCUAGGGGCGUUAAGCAUGAUGCUGAGGUGAGCCGCAUGACCGGUUGGGAGAGUGUCGUGACGGGCCACAAGGGCGAUUCCUUUGCCAGGACGUGGUUCUGGGGCCGCAAGAGGGCGGGUCGCUGGAUGUUUGAGACGGGCGACGGAAGCAGUGUGACGGCCGUCGCCAUUAGCCCGUGUGGCAGCUUUGCGCUCGUCGGUUCCGCUGGUGGUACGAUGGACAUGUUCAACCUGCAGUCCGGAAUUCAUCGUCUACAGUUCCCCUCGAAACUCACGCCGGCUCAGGCGAGACAGCUAAAGAUGCAGCAGCUCAAGCAGGUGGACGACGUGGUACAUCUCCAAACCAAGUUCGCCAGCAGCUUUGCACCUGGAACCGGGAGACACACCAAGGCAAUCACCGGUAUUAUCGUCGACUCGACAAACAAGUUUGUCGUGUCGUGCUCUCUCGACGGCAAAGUCAAAUUCUGGGAUUUCCUCACGGGUAAUCUCAUGCACGAGAUUGACUGGGCGCCGAUGACCGCCAUCACCGGCUGCCGCUACCACGCACCUAACGAUCUUAUUGCGUUUUCUUGCGACGACAACUCGAUCCGCGUCGUUGACGUGGAGACUCGGCGGACGAUCCGAGAGUUCUUGGGCUUCGAGAAGGACGUGACGGACUUUUGCUUCUCGAACGACGGUCGGUGGAUCAUCGCGGCAUCGGACGACUGCACCCUUCGCGUGUGGGAUUUGCCCACGAGCCACUUGAUCGACGCCAUCCGCUUCGAGCACCCUUGCAAGGCUGUAGCCAUGUCAUCGAGCGGCGAGUAUCUCGCUGCCUGCAUCGAGGGCCAGAUGGGCGUCGGAAUAUGGACGAACAAGUCGCUCUUCCGCCACGUGCCCACGAGGCAAAUCUCGGCGAAGGAGAUCGCCGCCGCCGUUGUGCCCACCGUCUCGGGCGAGGGCAACGAGGGUCUCCUCGACGCCGCGUUCGAGGAAGACGCCGAGUCGGUGGACGAGCCGGCCGUCAUCGUGCCGGAUGUGGAUCAGCUGAGCACAGAGAUGACGACGCUGAGCUUGGUUCCUAAGUCGAGGUGGCAGACGCUGCUUCACCUGGACCUCAUCAAGCAGCGUAAUAAGCCGAAGGAGGCACCCAAGCUGCCCGAGAAGGCGCCGUUCUUUUUGCCGUCUUUGAGCGGGAAGGGAUCGGGCGCGCCUAAGCAGAUUGAGGAUGCGGCGAAAAAUGAGGGUUCGGAGGAGUCUAGGUCGAGGAUACUUAAGGUGGAGAUGGCGGCGCGGCAGGAGGAGACUUUUACUACUAAGCUUCUUGCGGGAGCCGCUAGGGGAAAUUACGACGACUUUAUCGACCACCUUAAGUCCCUUCCCCCCUCAGCGGCCGACCUCGAACUCCGCUCCCUCUCCGCCGACGACCCGGAAAAGAACGAGCUCCUCUACUUCAUCCGGGCUCUCACCAGCCGACUAGAGUCGAGGAAGGACUACGAGCUCACGCAGGCGUGGAUGACGGUGUUUCUGCGGCUGCACUUCGACGUGGUCACGGAGCACGAGAGCAUCCUCGAGGCGUUGAGGGUGUGGAGGGAGGUGCAGGAGAGGGAGAGCAGUCGGUUGGAUGGGCUGGUCGGGUAUUGUGGUGGGGUGGUUGGCUUUCUUCGGAGCCCUAGGACGUAA